AGCAUGAGAGAGAGGUAGAGAGAGAGUAAGGGGCUCAGGCAACGGACACCAAGCAUGGAAAGGACGGACAACACUGGACAGAGAGUGGUCACAGCCCAGAGGGAGAAGCAGGAAAUGGAGAUCAGAGGUCUUGGGAAGGCAGGGAAACAGCAAGCACAAGAUGGAUCAUGGGGAAUGGGAGUGCUGGCAAUAUAUAACCCGCAAAGAAGAAGUAAAAGUGGCAAUAGGUUCGGCUUUGUGAGGUUCCGUGAUGUGAAGUGGGUAAAAGAACUUGAGAGUCAACUGGACCAAAUCUGGAUUGAGGGGCGCAAACUCUGGGUUAAUGUAGCCAAAUACCCUGAAGAAAAAUCAGAAAAGGUGGAGAGGAGAAGAGUCUCUGGUAUAGCUACUGUGGUACAAGGAAAAACAUAUGCAGAUGCAGUAAAAGGACAACAAGUGGACAAGCCGAGGGAAGCAAGGGGGCAUGAAUUUGUGGCAAGAGCAAAUACAGAUCUGGAAAAGCACCAUAGCAGAAGGAAUCCCAAGCAGCAAGAGAGCAAAUAGACAUGGAUAGAAAGGAGCAAAGAAACAGAGUGGUCUGGCUUUGAAUAUAAUGUGAAGGUUGAG